CGCUAUGAGGUGCCGACCAAUCAGAAGGGGCGCUGCUUUGGCGCCCAGUUUGAGGUGGGGGCUCCCUGUGGCUGCCGCCGCUUCUCCUCCGUUCCUCCGCCGCUCCGGUGCUGCCGCCAUGUUCGUCUCCGACUGCCGGCGGGAGUUCUAUGACGUGAUUGUCAGCCAGCGUGUUCUUCUCCUUGUUGCUUCAGAUGUUGAUGCCUUGUGUGCUUGUAAAAUAAUCCAGGCUUUGUUUCAAUGUGAUCAUGUGCAAUAUACACUCGUCCCAGUUUCUGGGUGGCAAGAACUUGAAACUGCCUUUCUUGAGCAUAAAGAUCAGUUUAAAUAUUUUGUUCUUAUUAAUUGUGGUGCCAAUGUUGAUCUUUUGGAGAUCUUGCAGCCUGAAGAGGACACUUGUUUUUUCAUAUGUGACAGUCACAGACCUAUCAAUGUAGUGAAUGUUUACAAUGACACACAGAUUAAGCUGUUAGUUAAGCCAGAUGAUGAUUUCGAUGUUCCUGCUUAUGAUGAUAUCUUCAGAGAUGAAGAAGAUGAAGAAGACGAAGAAGAGGACUCAGAGAAUGAAAGUCAUGGGUCAGAACCUUCUGAAAAACGUAGGCGUUUUGAAGAGGAUGUAAUAGAGAGAACAAUGAAAAGGCGACAGAGGCGCGAGUGGGAGGCACGCAGACGGGAGAUUCUUUUUGAUUAUGAGCAGUAUGAAUACCAUGGAACCUCAUCUGCAAUGGUGAUGUUUGAUCUGGCAUGGAUAAUGUCUAAAGACUUGAAUGACAUGUUGUGGUGGGCUAUUGUUGGCCUAACAGAUCAGUGGGUCCAAGAUAAAAUCACUCACACUAAGUACGUGACUGACAUCGGGGUCCUGCAGCGCCACGUCUCGCGUCACAACCACCGCAACGAGGACGAGGAGAACUCCCUGUCCAUCGACUGCGUGCGCAUCGCGUUUGAGUAUGAUCUGCGCCUGGCACUUUAUCAGCACUGGUCUCUAUAUGAAAGUCUCUGUAACACUUCAUAUACCUCUGCUACUCUUAAGCUUUGGUCUGUGCAAGGGCAGAAGAGGCUCCAGGAGUUUUUGGCUGACAUGGGUUUGCCUUUGAAGCAAGUGAAACAGAAGUUUAAUUCCAUGGAUAUGUCUUUGAAAGAAAAUCUUCGAGAAAUGAUUGAAGAAUCUGCAAACAAGUUUGGAAUGAAGGAUUUAAGAGUUCAGACCUUCAGCAUUCACUUUGGCUUUAAGAACAAGUUCUCAGCAAGUGAUAUAGUUUAUGCAACAGUUUCUCUCAUGGAGAAUAUAGAGAAAGAAGGGCCUGAAACAACUAAUUUCAUUAAAGCUUUGGACAGUCUCUCCAGGGGUAACCUGGACAAACUGCACCAAGGACUGGACCUAGCCAAAAAGCAGUUACGUGCCAUUCAGCAGACAGUUGCCAGCUGCAUUUGCACCAACCUUGUAAUUUCUCAGGGGCCUUUUCUCUACUGUGCUCUCAUGGAGGGCACACCAGAUGUGAAACUGUUUUCCAAACCAGUGUCUCUGUGCCUGCUUAGUAAAUACUUACUCAAAUCAUUUGUUUGCUCUACAAAAAACAAGCGUUGUAAACUGCUGCCACUGGUAAUGGCUGCACCCAUGGAUGUUGAACAGGGCACUGUGAUCAUGGUGGGGAUCCCUCCAGAGACAGAAAGCUCCGACAAAAAGAAUUUUUUUGGAAGAGCAUUUGAGAAAGCUGCAGACAGUACCAAUUCUAGGACUUUACACAACCAUUUUGACAUGUCAAUAAUUGAAUUGAAAACAGAAGACCGGAGCAAAUUUCUUGAUGCACUCAUUUCUCUCUUGUCUUAA